UUCAAUUAAACACUUGUGAUUGUUUAUAAUUUUCAGCUGUUUCUUUUAUGUGGAUACAAAUAAGUCAAUCAAUAUUUGUUUAAAUUUUAAAUUUGACUAAUAAAUUUGCAAUAAUUUAUUUGGAUAAGGCGUGUUGCACACGAAAUACGAGGUUAAAAGAAUAGCAGACUUGAAAAAAAAUUAUAAUAACGCAAAUUCUUACUCAUAGACGGAAACAAAUCAAUAAACAAAGAGAGUGUGAGCGACUUAUAUGAAUGUUUUGCAAUAAAUUGUAACUUUAAAGGAAUUGAAUGUAAAUAUUGUCAGUAUCAAGCUAGAAGUUUCUUGGAAAAGACAGACGAAGAUGUUGUUGAAGAUUUCAAUAAUUUUGCUAUUGAUUUCAUCGGUUUAUACUGAUGUGAUUGUACAAACUUCUUCCGGCAUACUACAAGGAUUUCGAAUCCAUUCAGGUUUUACAACAUCAUAUUUUGCGUUCAAAGGAAUUCCGUACGCAGAACCACCUAAAGGAAAUUUAAGAUUUCGAGCACCUGUUCCACAUAAAGGAUGGGAAGGCAUUCGAAAUGCAGCUGAAUUUGGCAGCAAAUGUCCUUCAAAUGGACUAAUGGGACUUUUAUCUGGUGGAGAUGAAGACUGCUUAUUUCUAAAUGUUUACACAAAUAAUGUGAAUGCUUCCAGCCCAGUCAUGGUGUGGCUUUACGGUGGAGCUUUUGUUUUGGGUGAUGGAGGCUCGUUUCUUUAUGGACCAGAUGAUCUCAUUAAAGAAGAUAUUGUUAUAGUGACUUUAAAUUAUCGACUGGCAGCUUUUGGAUUUUUGAGUACUGGUGAUAAAAAUGCUCAAGGAAAUUAUGGAUUGAAGGAUGCUCUUUUAGCACUCAAAUGGGUCAAGAAAAAUAUUCGAAAUUUCGGAGGAGAUGACACAAAAAUUACAUUAGCUGGAGAAUCUGCUGGUGGUGUUAUGACUCAUCAUCUAAUGCUGUCGCCACAAUCUGAAGGACUUUUUCAUCAAUCAAUAAUGAUGAGCGGUAAUGUCUUCCUACCUUUCUCAUUUCAAUCAAAUCCAAUGAAGAAGACUGAAGCACUUGCGAAAAGUUUAGGACUAAAAUAUAAUUCGACUGAAGACUUGAUGGAAAAGCUUCGUGCUGUAAAUUUUAAAGAUAUUCUUAAACACACUCGUGAAAUUGAGGAUCAAGACUAUCCUUUAGGAAACCGCCCAUAUGACUUUGUAAUUACAAUCGAACCUGAAGAUUCAGUGGACGAAAGACUGAUUAUAGACAAUCCAGAAGCUGUAAUGCUUAGAGGAAAUUUUCGAUCAGUUCCUAUGAUGAUUGGAACUACGAACAAAGAAGGUCUCAUAAGUCUACCAAAAACAUUUAUUGACCAUACAGUCUUGCAAGAUUUCAAUACUCAUCCUGACUAUUUUGUUCCUUUAUCAUAUAAUUUGAAUUCAAGCAAUGUUGCACAAAUAGUUGAAGUAGCAAAUGCCAUGAGAGAUAAAUAUUUUCAAGGUCAAAAGCUAACGAAUAAUAUGAAAGAUCAAUUUGCUGUGUACAACACUGAUUCCAUGUUUAAAUUCACUACAGAUCGAGCUUUAAAAAUAUUUUCACAGAAUCCAAACACAACGAUCUACAAUUAUGAAUUUUCUUAUGAUGGAGCUUAUAACAUGGUGAAAUUGUUUUUAUUUGUCAAGGGCUAUGAAGGUGCAUGCCAUGGUGAUGACUUAUUUUAUCUGUUUCAACCAGGUUUUCCAGUAUUAGCAUGGCCAUGGAAUCAUGCAUCAGAAGUUAAGAAGAGAAUGAUCAGGAUGUGGGCGAACUUUAUAAAGUUUGGAAAUCCAACACCAAAUCUAGAUGACAUUGUCGACAUUAAAUGGCCCAAAUACACAUCAUCAGAUGAAUUUUACAUGGACAUUGGACAUGAUCUAAUAGUAAAAGUUCAUCAUGAUCACCUGAAAAUAUGGCAUGAGUUUCAGAAAAAAUUCACAGGGCAUUUAUAAAUUUUACAUAAAAUUUAUUAAAUAAAACUUACUACUCCUUAAAUAAAUUUAUUUCUAAGUUCUGUAAAA